AUGAUUUUAGAAAAGAUUCAUCCCGAGAUCAAAAAUUUGCCUACAGAGUUAUUUAAGGUCAUGAAGAAUCGUGGAGGAAAAACAUUUGUUCAUUUAACCCGACGUGUGCAAUGGCGAUUCAUGAAUUUGAAUUCCACCUUUAAUACUCAUGUGAGACCGACUAAACAAACACUCGUGAUCUAUUCAGAUGUGGAGGAAUCUACUGUGCUGGGGGCACAAAAACAUCCCUUGUUGAGAAAAGUGCAACUUGAACGUUUGGGUCAAGGACGUGCCACCGUAGAACCUAUACAUCAUGAAUGGAUUAAACUACGGAGUAAUCGAUUAGAAAUCAUUGAGGUACAAAUUGCUACCCCGGAAGGACCUCUUGUAGUGUUACCAACUGGGAAAACGCUCGUCACAAUUGGG